CUGUAUAUAUAUGGCCCUUUUCUUCGCCCACGGUUCAGUAAUCAAACAACACUUCGCCUCGCCCUCCACCACGCUUCAUCGGUUGAGGUUCAAAGGCAAAAGUUGUGUGAGAUCAUGGGCGCCUUGGAUCACCUCUCUGAUUUGUGCAGCAUGACGGAGACAAAGGAAGCCCUCAAGCUCAGGAAGAAGCGCCCACUGCAGACGGUGAACAUCAAGGUGAAGAUGGACUGCGAGGGCUGCGAGAGGAGGGUCAAGAACGCCGUCAAAUCGAUUCGGGGUGUGACGAGUGUGGCCGUGAACCCCAAGAUGAGCAAGAUGACGGUGACGGGGCACGUGGAGCCGCGCAAGGUGCUGGAGCGGGUGAAGAGCACGGGGAAGGCGGCGGAGAUGUGGCCGUACGUGCCCUACACGCUCGCCACCUACCCCUACGUCGGCGGCGCCUACGACAAGAAGGCACCGGCGGGCUUCGUCCGCAGCGCACCGCAGGCCAUGGCCGACCCCGCGGCGCCUGAGAUCCACUACAUGAACAUGUUCAACGACGAGGACGUCAACGCCUGCACCGUCAUGUGAUCUGAUCAUCGUAAUCGCCAGCUCCUUCCACUCUAGCCGACGACCAGACGCCCAGCGGAAAGACAUGCUUGAUAUGUCUUCAUGCAUCACAGAGACUGUAUUUGUAUAUAUAUGUCUUCUCGCUUGGGAAAAGGGGAUACCAAGAAGACGAGCUUGCGUGCGAACAGCUAUAAUAUACUACAAAGAAAGAGCUAAAGUUUAAUAAGCGUACAUAACUAAGUGUGAAGCGCGCCGUUUUUCAAUUGUGAGAUUGAUGCAACCACCCAUUUUCAUACUCCUUUCUAUACAAUUGCAUAUCAGCAACUUCAAUAGCUUCAAUCUAAUGGAGACCCUCACAAGUGGACCUACCCACGGAAGACAACCAGCUCUUAUGUUUAAUCUUUAGCCUUGAUGUUUGGUGGAACUGGUAUUUGUUGAUAGACUUGUAAUUGUUUACUCUCUUUUUUAUGAAAUGAAAUUACCUUAGAACAA